GCGUGUGUAUCAGUCUGGAAUAAGAGAUGGCUGCUGAAGUUGAACCCACACCUAAUAAGCGUACAUGUAAAUACGGAUCCAAGUGCUACAGGAAGAAUCCUGAUCACCUCCGCCGAUUUGCUCACCCUCCACUAGAAGACAAUGUCGCCUCUGAUGAGUCCAGCCAGGUGCUGGGAUCGGCAGUCGCCUCGCCCCCCGGGACCGCUCCUCCUCCUGCUGGGAGAAACAAACGCAGAUGUGAGAAUCAGGAUGUCUCUGAAGUUGAUGCGAAAAGGAAAAAGCUGACAGAACCUCCCAGUCCUUCAACCUCUCCUCCAGGGCGAACUUGCUCUCAGAGUGGCACCUCUGAGGAACACAGCAGUGCAGUUGAUUGCAGGUCAAAUGAGCCUCAAUUAGGGCCGCUGGAGGCUGGUGCUGAUGCUACUGAGCUGGAGAAGGACAGAGCCUGUGCUGAUGUGGGGGAGAAGGUAAAGAGGAAGUUUCUAGUUGACAUGCCAGAGGAUUUCUACCAGUUCUGGGAGUUCUGCAAGUCCAUUGACUCCACCCACCCUGAGUGUGCCCUGGUGUCCAGUCUGGGGCUGGAGCUGGUGGGACCCUACCACGUGCUAGCAAGGAGACUUGAAGGUGUGACCUGGGACAGGUGUGUUCUCCACUACCGCUACUUCUAUGACCCUCCAGAGAUGGUGACAGUUCUGAGGAGAAAGGAGGACCAGUACCACCUGGGCUACUUCAGGGAUGAUCCUGGGCAAUCAGAUGGUGUUCUCAUUGUAUCCAAUGAUCCCAGCAAGGGAUGUGAGCUGAAAAUUGAAGCACAGACCAUUUUUGCAGCAGUUAGGUUUGAGGUAGAAAAGGCACUGAAAUCUACACCAAAUCAAACGAAGCUACUAAAGUCUUUGGAGAAGCAACUGCAGGAGAAGAUGCGGGAACUAAACCUGGGAGCUACAGAUGGAAAGACUCUGUCCAAACGGAGGAGCAAGCAAGUCCAGGCCAAGUGUCUUCACAAGAUUGGGAUAGUCGUUCCCUACGACAAGAAGACUGAUGUCGGCUACCGAUCACUUACCAAAACUGAUAGAGAGCUGAAGAAGCUUCUGGACAAUAUCUCUCAGUGUCAAGAGCCAAAGAAACGAGACCAGCUGUUUGAGCCUCUCCAGGAGAUCAUAACCUAUGUCCAGUUUGCCAACGAUGAGUGUGACUAUGGGAUGGGGCUGGAACUGGGGCUAGACCUCUUCACUCAUAGCGACAGUUUCCAUAACGUCGUCGGCCACCUUCUGCCCCUCGCCUACACUCUGUUGGGAAGGUCAGAGUAUGGGAAGAUCGUGGAGAAACAUUUGGGACAAAGACUGCAUUCUCCACUAGAUUUGACCCAAAAUAGCACCCUCAAAGAAAAAUAACGGUCAAUACCAUGCAAAAGUAUUAUUAACCCUUGACGUGAAUGUAAGUUUGUUCAUCCGUCCUUCAUUCUGUCUGCCUG